AUGGAGUGGGUCGUCAAAAGACGCCCUGAUGGUACAAGGUAUAUUACAAGACGUCCUGUUAGAAAUAAGCUCUUGAAAGAAAGAGGUAAGAAAAUCCAUGAUGAAAGACAAGGAAUGACGACAGAUGAUGAUGCUAUGAGUGAAAUGAAAACUGGGCGCUAUUGGAGCAAGGAGGAUAGAAAGAAACAUGUUGAGAAAGCUCGUGAUUAUCGUCGUAAGAAGGAAAUACUUCAAAAGGAAAGAAUGGAAACCUUGAAAGAAGCUGAAGAGAAAAAGGAAGUGAAUAUUGUUGAACUUAGUCAUCGUAAAAUGAUGAAACAUAAAAAUAAAAAAGUUUUAGAUAACUUUGUGACAGUUCAGGAAGUAUUGGCUCAUGGUAGUCGAGUACCUGAGGGUAAGGGAGGUAAUCCAUUAUUAUCGGUAACUACUGUGUGA